CAGCUGACUGUCUGCAGACAACAUCCAAGAUCGACAACAAUUUUAUGUUUUGUUUUCACAUCCAGCCAGGCCUUUGUGAGGGAUCAGCAGACAUGGCAGCUCAGGAUCAGCCACUCUGCUGCAUCUGCCUGGAUGUGUUCACCCAGCCGGUGGCUCUGCCAUGUCAACACCACUUCUGCUGGACCUGCAUCACCAAACACUGGGACAACGCUGACAGAUGCCAGUGUCCCCUGUGCAACAGGCGCCUCACCAGCAGACCAGAGCUUCAGGUUAACGCAGGAAUGUCUGGGCUAAGUGAUCAGCUGGAGCUGCUGGCUCAGCAGACCGCCUGCUGCAGCUUGGAACCACAGCCUGAUGCGGGACAGGUUGUGUGUAGCGUCUGCACCAACAAGGCCCAGAUGUCCUGUCUGGUGUGUCUCAGCUCCUACUGUGAGACCCAUCAGGUGUUCCAUCAGAUGAUCCCAGGCCUGAAGAGACACACUCAGCUGGACCCUGUGGAGGGACAGGAGGACAGAAUGUGCAACAAGUAUCAAAAAGCUUCAGAGAAACUUAUGUGCCGAUGUGGCCUUUUUGUAGACACACAGGACCUGCGAUAG